UCAAGAGUAACUGCGCCUUCCAAAAACUGUACAUUGCGGCAUUUCAACUAUUCAGUUUUGCAUGUUCUUUAAAUAAAAAAAAAUGGAAGAAAUUUCAGUUCGAAAAGAGCAAAAGAUUUCGAUCGACCCUGACGUUGUGCUAGGGAUUGGUGAAUUUGGGAGCUAUAUCAAAGGUAAGUUCGAUGGGCGAGAAAUCGCAGUAAAGAAAGUACCGCUACAAGACCACAGUUUCAACCAAGAGGAAGCAAUGCUAAAACUGGAACAUCCAAACAUUCUAAAACUACUUCAUUGUUAUAGUGACGAGCAUUUCAGGUACUAUGCAUUUGAAUUGUGUAUUGCUUCGUUGGAUAAGCUGUUCUUAGAGUCGAAUCACCUUGACAAAUACAACGGACCUAUGCCACGUCAUAUUGAAAUUUGUCAUCAAUUAGCUUCGGGUCUCGAACACAUCCAUUCAAACAAUUUAGUUCAUGGAGAUAUUAAACCAGAAAACGCCCUUAUUUCGGUGGGUUCUGCUGGCCAAGACAAAGAGAUUACAAUCAAAUGGGUGCACUUCGGACUGACCAGAAACAUCGGUGAACAAGAAACGUCGAUAACAAGUGAAGUUAGAGGGAAAUACGCAUGGCUAGCGCCCGAGUUGCUGAAACCGAGCAGCACCAAGGGCCAAAGUACCGCCGCGAGCGACGUGUUUGCACAAGGACUUGUUUUCUGUUGUCUUUUCUUGAAUGGGGAACAUCUCUAUGGUUCAACGAAGAAUGGCAAUGAAAUUCAUGUCAAUAUAAUUAACCGAAAUCCCAUCAACAUGAAAAAAAUCGACAGCAAAUUACGCGACCGUUACGAAUAUGAUCUACUAAAGAAAAUGUUGGAAGACAAUCCUGGAAAUAGGAUUUCAUCAGCAGAUAUUGUCAAACAACUAAAAAUCAUCAAGAAAGAGCUUACUGGAGAUGAGGAUGAAUUGGUUCAACAAUGUUCUGGUGGAGACCGCAAGAGAAGACGAUUAGAUCAUACGGAAGAAAUCUAA